AUUUAACUAUUUGCCAAAUAGAAGGAUCUAGAAACCCUAGUGAACUCCCUAUAUAAUCCCUCUUCCUCUUCCACAAUCUCGCCUCUUGCUUUCCCCACACUCAAAACCCUAAAAUUCGUCACUGCCUCGUCUUGUUUCUAGAUUUCUAAAACCCGAUUCCCGGAGAAGAGAGAGAGAAUGGCGGAUACGGAGACGUUUGCGUUCCAGGCGGAGAUCAACCAGCUGUUGAGUCUCAUCAUCAACACCUUCUACAGCAACAAGGAGAUCUUUCUCCGUGAACUCAUCAGCAACUCUUCCGAUGCUCUGGACAAAAUUCGUUUCGAGAGCUUGACCGACAAGAGCAAGCUGGAUGCACAACCAGAGCUCUUCAUCCACAUUAUUCCUGACAAAGCCAGCAACACAUUGACAAUCAUCGAUAGCGGAAUCGGCAUGACAAAGGCUGAUUUGGUGAACAAUCUUGGUACCAUUGCUAGGUCGGGCACAAAAGAGUUCAUGGAAGCUCUCGCUGCGGGUGCUGAUGUCAGCAUGAUUGGGCAGUUUGGUGUUGGAUUUUACUCAGCUUACUUGGUUGCUGAGAAGGUCAUUGUGACCUCAAAGCAUAAUGAUGACGAGCAGUACGUAUGGGAGUCCCAAGCUGGUGGGUCUUUCACCAUCACCCGAGACACCUCUGGUGAGAGUCUUGGCAGGGGUACGAAGAUUACCCUUUACCUUAAAGAAGACCAGCUUGAGUACCUCGAGGAACGCCGACUCAAGGAUCUGGUCAAGAAGCAUUCCGAGUUCAUCAGUUACCCCAUCUCUCUCUGGAUUGAGAAGACUACGGAGAAGGAAAUUUCUGAUGACGAGGAUGAGGAAGAGAAGAAGGAUGAGGAAGGAAAGGUAGAGGAUGUUGAUGAAGAGAAGGAGAAGGAGGAGAAGAAAAAGAAGAAGAUCAAGGAGGUGUCCCAUGAGUGGUCUCAGAUGAAUAAGCAGAAGCCCAUCUGGAUGAGGAAGCCAGAGGAGAUCACCAAGGAAGAGUAUGCUGCUUUCUACAAGAGCCUCACAAACGACUGGGAAGAGCACUUGGCUGUGAAACACUUCUCAGUUGAGGGCCAGCUAGAGUUCAAGGCUGUCCUCUUUAUUCCUAAAAGGGCACCUUUCGAUCUCUUUGACACAAGGAAGAAACCCAACAACAUCAAGCUCUAUGUGCGCCGAGUCUUCAUCAUGGACAACUGUGAGGAGUUGAUCCCAGAGUACCUAAGCUUUGUGAAGGGUAUUGUGGAUUCCGAGGACCUUCCUCUCAACAUCUCCAGAGAAACGUUGCAGCAGAACAAAAUCCUUAAGGUCAUUCGCAAGAAUCUUGUUAAGAAAUGCAUCGAGAUGUUUUUUGAGAUAGCUGAGAACAAGGAAGACUACAACAAGUUCUAUGAGGCCUUCUCCAAGAACCUCAAGCUCGGCAUUCAUGAGGAUUCUACAAACAAGACCAAGAUUGCUGAACUCCUUCGGUACCACUCCACCAAGAGUGGCGACGAGAUGACUAGCUUGAAGGACUAUGUUACUAGGAUGAAGGAGGGCCAGAGUGAGAUUUACUACAUCACUGGUGAGAGCAAAAAGGCAGUUGAGAACUCUCCGUUCCUUGAGAAGCUGAAGAAGAAGGGCUAUGAGGUCCUUUACAUGGUUGAUGCCAUUGACGAGUAUGCAGUGGGACAGUUGAAGGAGUUUGAGGGGAAAAAGCUUGUUUCUGCAACCAAAGAAGGUUUGAAACUGGAGGAGAGCGAAGAUGAGAAGAAGAAGCAGGAAGAGCUCAAGGCGAAGUUUGAUGGUCUUUGCAAGGUGAUCAAGGAUGUCUUGGGCGAUAAAGUUGAGAAGGUGGUUGUUUCCGAUCGCGUGGUGGACUCUCCUUGCUGUUUAGUGACUGGAGAGUACGGGUGGACUGCUAACAUGGAGAGGAUAAUGAAGGCACAGGCAUUGAGGGACUCUAGCAUGGCAGGCUACAUGUCAAGCAAGAAGACUAUGGAGAUCAACCCAGAGAAUCCCAUCAUGGAGGAGCUGAGGAAGAGGGCAGAUGCUGACAAGAACGACAAGUCUGUGAAGGAUUUGGUUCUGUUGCUUUUUGAGACCGCUUUGCUCACCUCGGGCUUCAGCCUUGACGAGCCCAACACUUUCGGCAACCGGAUUCACAGGAUGUUGAAGCUGGGUCUGAGUAUUGAUGAUGAUGAUGCUGCCGAGGCUGAUGUGGACAUGCCACCGCUUGAGGAGACUGAUGCUGACGCUGAGGGCAGCAAGAUGGAAGAGGUUGAUUAAAACCUCCUGCCCGUAUUCGGAUUUUGGAUUAGUGUUACCCUAAGUAAUUGUGUCUGGUUUUUAGUAAAACGCUACUCUAGUUUUUGAUGCUCUGCUGGAUGGAAUUAUAUAACAGAACUGAAUGCUGUUUUUUGUUUAUGGUAGUUAAUUUUUGCUGAAUGUAGGGUAUAAUUUCUUAUUCUAGUCAGACUUUCUUAGUUCAAUCUUGUGGACAAAAUGCAGUGAAUUUGAAGCCUUUGUGAAAGGGCACUUCCCCAA